UUUCAAGAUGGCGUCUUAAUCUCCAACUAUAUGACAAUCGCGCCAAUUCGAAACUUGAAUCUUUACUAAUAUGGCUACGAGUCGAAUCACUUUACGUCCGGAUUUACAGGCAUUACUCGACAAUUUUACGCAUCUAAAAAACGUAUACUUAGCGUUAAAAACAUUCUGUAAUAUUCAGGAUGAGCUGUUACAAUAUGAAAAAGCUAAAUCUUCCAAAAUGGAAGAAGAAAUAAAGAAAAUAACAAAGACAUUUUCAUCUUUGGAAGAACAACGUAAAAAAUCUAUAGAAGAAAUACGAAAAGAGAAGGAAGAAUUGAAAACAGCUUUGCUUGAAUCUCGACAGGAAUGCAAUCAUCUUCGACUCGUUUACAUCGAUCGUAAUAUCGAAGAUGAGCAAAUUUGUAGAUUACAGGAUGAGCUCGAAAUAUUGAAAGCUGAAUUGGCAUUACAAGAAGAAAGACACAAAGAAGAAAUUUUUAAACUCGAAAAGCAGUUUAUAGAAGAAUUACAAAAAUAUAAAACAUUAUUGGAAUCGAAACAACAGUAUCAAAGAAAAAAAGCAAAGCAUCCAGCGAUCGAUAACAUGUCAAACCAACUAUCAGCAAAUGUUAAAACUAAAAAUACAAAAAAAAAAGAAAAACCAUUUUUCAGGUGGUCUGGAUUAAAUGUAUCGAAAGUGCCGAAAGUUAUUGCUACUGAUAUGGAGAAUGAAGAUGAUAAAGACGAAGAUACGUCGACAACUACUAAAAGAAAGAAAAAACUUUAUUAUGAAGAUAAAGAGGCGAUAAUUGAUAUAUAAUAUUCACAUUUGCAUAUAUAUUGAUUUUCUUUAUAAAUAUUAUUUAAAAUAUUAUUAAAAAUAUUAUUUUCUUUAUAAUUAUUUUGUUUAUAAUUCUUAAUGUUUAUAAAUCAAUUAACAUAAUACAUUGCAUUUCUCAUGUUAAAUAAUCACACAUAUAAAUUUUAUAGAAAAAGAAAGCACGUUUAGAUGAAACAUUUAGAAAUUAUGUGGAUAUAUUAAGAAAAAAACAUACAUAUAUAAUUUUAAAUACACGGAAAUUGUCAAAUAUUGAAUGCGUAAAAUAUUAAUUAAAAUCUACUCAUUUGCUAAUUUUUCUUUUUAAAGAAUUCCAACUGUCUGUGUAAUCGAUUUUAAGAUGCCCAUAUGUAUUCAAAUCAAGAUUUAAUGGUGCUAUCACAUCCGUCAUAUGCUUUUCUUCUACUGGAGCCAUUCUUGUACUCAUAUAAUAUUCUUCCACGUUAUAUUGCAAUUUAUCUGUGACAGGUUAAUCAUAUAUAUUUUUGUAAUAAAUAAAUUUAUAAGAAGAAAACUUCAUAAAUUAUAAUUGUAAAUCAUACCAAAAUAUCGUACAUUAUCGUUGGAUAUAUUCCGAUGAGAAUAAUUUCUUGCGUAUCUAUGAUCUGUAUCUUUACGUAUUUGUGAAUUUGCGUAUAAGGAUCUAUAAUUAUAGUCAGAUAUCGAAUAAUUUUUCAUCAUUUCACAAGAUGGUAAAGCUAAAAAAUAUAAAAAGAUCGAAUCUUAUCUAUCUCAAUAGAUCGAUAUUACGAUUCUUAAUAUAACUUAAAGUUAAAUUGCAUGAGAAAGAAAAGUGAUCGCGCGCGAAAGAAAAGUAUAGGUGUAAAACAAGUGCAUAAGUAUUUAAAAAUUAAAGAAUAUUAUAGUGUAUUAUUUGUAUUGGUAAACAUUUUGUUUCGCUCGACUUGAUUAGACUUUUGCUUGAUUAGGUAUUGUAGAAACACUUUAACGAUAACUUCCGAGAGGUAUUAGAGAAGGAGAAAUUCCAUUACAAGUACAAAAUAGAGAAAUUCGUUGCUUUCGAUUGUAUGUAUGUGUAUAUACAAGACGUACUUCAUGAUACUCAAUGUACAUACAUACGCAUGCACACGUAAACGCAUGAGCGCAUCUCAGGUACAUUUAUAUCAGGCAAGUUAUGUAUCAUAGUCAUUUAUGGAUUUCUCCCUAAUUCUUGGGAUGCAUUGAUUAUUAAUUUCAUUGUAACAUAUUAUUUGAAGAUAAUUACAAUUUUCAUUUUGUUACAUAAAUUUUAUUAAUCAUAAAAAAAAUUAUUUACCAGAAAUAGGUGAGUAGAUUGAAUACGAAGCAGUAUUCGAAAUUUCAUCUUCGUAGAUGGGAUGAUGAUAAUAGUAGGCAUUGUUCUCCUUUCUGCAGGACGAGUCACAGUAUAAUUUUUGCGUAAAGGCUGGUACACUAUACUGUGCUUCUCUUAAUGAUUGGCUAUACCUAUUUUCACACGACACAAACUAUAUUAUUUCAGUUCUCAUUACGAUAAACAGAUAAUAAAAUCUACGUAGAAAAUAUAUGUGUUAUUACAAAUAUUAUUAUUAAUAAAUUUAUUAUUAUACAAAUUUAAUAUUAUACAAAUAAUAUUAUUAAUAAAUGAAUUAUUACAAAGUUA